AUGACUAAUUAACUUGCACGGAUACGUAACAGCGAUCUGGAAAUUGAGAAAGACCGUGACAAGGAGAAGAAUGCUCACGGAGAAACACGACUGCAUAUUGCUGCGCGGAGUAACGAUACGGCUAUGGUAGAGAAAUUGAUAGCUGCUGGAUUCAUAGACAUUGCUAGGGAUUUGCUGAAACGUGGCGCUUCAGUGACGAAAAGAAAUGCAGAUGGAUGGACUGCUGUAGAUUUUCUGAGGAAUCAUAUAGUCUGCAACGGCGACGAUGACAGCAACAAGCUGAAAGAAUUAACUGCUUUAGCAGUUAGCAUGGAGGAUAUGCAGAGGAAGCGUAAGGUUUUCUAGAA